AACCCAGCCCGCCAGUUUAGCGCGGACAUCACUACGCGUCAGACGUCCGCACGCGCGCACUGAAGCCGCAAGACGCGUAAUAUUCAAAAUAAAAUGGUUCGCACGAAAGACCCGGACGGCGUGAAGAGCAAUCUCAUAAUUUCCGAAGUGCAAAAACGUGCUUGUUUAUUCGAUACGAACGAUCCUAAUUACGGAGAUAGGGCCGAGAAGGCUAGAUGUUGGGAGGAGGUAUACGAGUGCGUCGUACCAGGCUGGGCUCUGAUGGGUCUCCCGGAGAAGUUUGCGGCUGGUAAAGAAGUGCAGAAGCGGUGGCGUUCGAUCAGAGACUCCUACACCAAGGCGUACAGGCAGGGCAAGUGCGUGCCCCCUGAAAUGUGCGCCCCGGGCAGCCGCCGUUACAACUACCACAAACAGAUGGCGUUCCUGCUCACCGCGUUGAAACACAAGAAACCGAGGUACUCUCAAGACAAAUACGAGUCGUUCUCAGAACUAUCAAACUCACCCUCACACCCCCCGCCAGAAGACAUCCAGCUAAAAAUAAAAAACGAAUGCAUAGACAAACCAUUAGAUUUAAAAACAAAACCAGAUAACCCUGAACGACCAGAAACAAUGGACAAAUGCACAACAACAGCCGAAGAGAAAAUCGAAUUGAAAAAUCCAUCGCUUGAAAUUAAAAUCGACGCAAAUUCGAUUCUGCCCGAAGAUCAUUUCGACGAUGAUAAACUGUUUAUGAAUUCACUGUUGCCAUUGUUUAAGAAAAUGGACGACGACACGAGGUUGCUCUGUAGAAUUGAAGUGUUAAAAAUAAUUAGGUACGCUUUACAGGGUCACAAGUGUUUUGAGGCCUUGAAAAUGGCUGAAGACAGCUUUUUCAGGAAUAGAAUUAGCGGGAUUUUGGCUAAAGAGGAAGUGAGCGAUAGCACCAUAAACACGUCUAAGUCUAGCGAGUCGAAAUUGUCUAUGGUGACGAGGUCUGCUGACGGAACGAGGACUAUAAGGAAACGGAAAGAUCGAUCACUAUCCCCACUUCCCGUUCCAGCUAAAAAACGUGGUCCUGGGCGUCCAAGAAAAAUCCGUCCGCCGCAGUCGGACUCGGAGUCUGAGCAGCCGCGGCGCCGCCCGCCGCCGCGGCUGUCGGAGCUCGACGACUCGCUCAGCACCGCCACCAGCGUCGCCCAGCUCUCCGCGCCCAUGUUCAUGAAGAUGUACAAUCUGGGUCGGUCCAAAGCGGCUCAGUCGCCGCCCCAAGCCAUGCAGAUUUCCAUCAAAACAGAACCAAUAGAUCCUGAGCCCCAACCAAGUUAAAAUGACCCAUAAAUAGUACCACCAUCACAUUUUUAUCAAUUCGUUUUAUUUAUUAGUGAAAAAUAGAUAUUAUAAUCUAUACAAAGGUACCUAUACUAAAUAAAUUAUUUUAUUCGAACGUAUUGUCGUUUUUAAUUGGACACAGUUGCCACAGUUUCCUAAACCGGAAAUGGUCGCCACCUACAUCCAUUUAUUAAAUUGUGACUACAUUGCAUAAUAGAAAAUUAUAAUGCGUUCUAAUAAAAUCAUUCACCUUUAGUAGCAUAAUUUUUAUAGAUAUAUAUUUUUAAUUUCGCUUGAAUACAGGAAAUUGAUUAAAAUGUUAAGGUGGCGCUGGUGAUGUUUAAGCGCGUUGGUUUUUUAGAGACUUGGCUAUAUUUUUACAUCCAAAUGAGAUAUUGUCGAACAAAUUAAACUGAGUAACUAAAAAUGAACUAAUAGUUUUUGUUAUUUCGGGGAUUAAAGCUUUUUUGUCUCAAAAUAAAAAUUUCAUAUAUUAAUUUUAUUAAAUUCCACACACGUUGAAUCCUAUUUGACUAACGAUGGAAAAAUGACAAAUAGGCAAAGCACAAGCUUUUAAAGGCCAAUGUCUUAAACAACGCUCUUAGAUGUAUUCAUAUCAUAUUAUCAUAUGCGAGGAUGUAAGUUAUAUUGUAAAAAAAUGUGAUAUAGUUAGUAUAUGCUUGGCCAUUUAUUUUCAUUUACGCGAAAUUAGUAUUAAGAACGUUAAGUACAACAAAAAAUAUUGUAUUUUUUCAACAAUAUUGAGAACAAUGUUUAUAAAAUAUAUUUAUUCGAGCUUGUUCACCAUGAUUCAUUUACUGAAAUUAGGGUUAAAGUUAUAUUAAUAUGUAUACAAUAUAGAUAUGAGCAAAUGAUUUAUUUUGAAUGUGUCUAGUUCUUAAUCACGUUAGAUACGUGAAUUAGUCAUAUCACAUCAUUAUGACGAAUGGAGGUUUCCAUACAAUUUUUUUCAUGGUUAAAAAAAUAUUUGAAACAUUUAUAUACCCAUAUAAAUGUUUCAAAUAUUUUUUUUUGAACCAUGAAAAAAGUUGUAUGGAAAACUCCAUUCGUUCCAUUUUUUUUUUAUAUCAUGAUUUACGAUUUAGUAUAAGAUUAUUCAAUUAACAAAAUGUUAUAUAAAACAGGUGUGAUGUAAGUUUGUACAUUCCAACUAUUAUUGUUAGGACAAUACGAUAUUUUACGAAUGUAUGACCAAUAAAUGAUUUUCAUAAAA